UAGCUUUUGAUUUUACCAUUCCUCCUCUUCUAACUUUAGCUACCUUUAUUUUUCUUCUAAUGGCAACAAGUAAGAUAUUCAAGAUAUGGUUUGUAUUAUUAUUGGUAGUCUUGAUGAACUUAAUAAGCCCAUUCUUAGUAGUGGUAAAGGGUGAACAACAAGUGCCUUGUUUGUUUAUUAUGGGAGAUUCUUUAUUUGAUAAUGGAAAUAACAAUAAUCUCCUCACUGCUGCAAAGGCUAAUUAUCCACCUUAUGGAAUUGACUUCCCUGAUGGUCCUACUGGUAGAUUCACCAAUGGCAAGAAUACAGCAGAUUUCCUUGCUGAAAUACUGGGUUUCGAUAGAUAUAUUGAGCCAUUUGCUACUGUGAAGGGUGUGGAAAUGUUUAGAGGAGUAAAUUAUGCAUCUGGUGCUGCUGGAAUUCGUGAUGAGUCUGGAAUACAUUUGGGAGAUAGAAUCAGCUUGAACAGACAAUUGAGAAAUCACAAAGUGACAAUUUCCCACAUGUCUACUUUACUUGGAAAUAAGACCUUAACUAAGGAGUAUUUAAGCAAAUGUAUAUACAUUGUUGGAAUGGGCAACAAUGACUACAUCAACAACUAUUUGAUGCCUCAGUUCUACCCAUCAAGCCAUUUGUACAAACCAGAAAAGUAUGCUAAACUCCUAAUUCAGCAAUAUUCAAAACAAUUAAAGAGUUUGUAUCGUUAUGGAGCAAGAAAAGUUGCUGUUUUUGGGGUAGGUAGCUUAGGCUGUAUUCCAGCAGAACUGGAAUUGUAUGGGACAAAGGACUCAAUAUGUGUUGACUCUAUAAAUAGUGCAGUUCAAAAAUUUGCAGACAAGUUCAAACCAAUGAUCGAUGAUUUGAACAGUAAUUUGCCUGACGCUAGUUUCAUCUACAUAAAUCAAACAAGCAUUGCAAUUGGAGAUCCAUCUGCAAUUGGUUUGACAAGUCUAGCUGAGCCAUGUUGUGAAAUUUCAAGCUUCAUAGCUAAGGGACAGUGCAGUAAUGGAGGGGGUGCAUGCAGUGAUAGAGCAUCACAUUAUUUUUGGGAUGGUUUUCACCCAACAGAAAUUCCCAAUAAUGUGUGUGCUGAAAGAGCUUACACUGCUCUUCUACCUACUGAUGCCUAUCCUUUUGAUAUUAGUCACUUGGCUGGCUCAGCUCUAAAUAAGUUAGCACAGUCAGGGGCGUAGCUAGUGUAGAGCUUGUGGAUUCGAUCGAGCUCAUUAGUUUGUAUGUGCAUGUAACUUCGUCAUGCUUUAAAUAAACGACUAUCGUCUCGAUUAUGUGCCCAUUAUUUUAAGACAUGAAUGGCUAUGUUUGGUUGAUGUUGAUUUCUA